CUGGAUUGGUGCAGCACAAGUGGCGUGACUUGAGCAAAUUUGGCACUUGACUUUGGAGGAGGGGGGGGGGGGGGCGGCAGAUAUGACGCUGGCGUGGCGUGAUAUCAGGGACCCAAUGCCAGACUGCUGCAUCAACACACGCCUCAGAGCACAUUACGACAUGGACUUGUUGAACCUCCGGUCUGACUUCACUUGGGUCCAGGAACUCAGCUUUGGCCGUGCCUUCCGCCGCUCCGGGUAGACCAGCUUCAAACCGGGAAUGCGGAACGUCCUGAAGGCCGACGGCUCGAAUAGCAUAUGCAAUACGAAUGAUUGUGCAUUUGGAGUGUUUGUGAACUCACUCACCGACAAGCUUCCUCCUCUUACCCUGACUCACAUACCUUCUAGGCACGGUCUUUGCUGAUUCGCUUACUAUGGUUUUUGUCCUGAUACACCCACUACAGUUUUUGCCCUGAUACAUGGAUGUUUUUUACCCGGAUACGCUUACUAUGGUAUGUGAUGCGUAGCCACCACUACAGUACCAAUGACUGAGCCCGCAGUGACUAACCGACAACCGUCCUAUCUGCUUAUGCUGCAGCACGUUCUGUUGCGCCUCCCCGCCUGAGACCGUUCCCUCCGACCCCAGUGCCAUCCGUCCCGAGACGGAGGGUCCUGCGCACCCCUCCCCUCCGUCUGUCUGUCUGUGUGUCUGUGUGUGCCCGCCAGCGGCCCAUUAUCCCCUCUGGUCCAGGGCCGCCUCCCUCUGUUGUCGCCGCCGAGACGUCCCAUUCAUCGCCGCCGCGGGGGCGCGUCUCUGACGUCACGGCGAGCCGCGCGCUGAUUGGCCGUCGGCGGGUGGGACCACGCGCCCGUGGGGUCACCGCUCCGAACGAUGGGAUAUAGGCGGCACCGGCCGGCGGCCCGGCCCAUUCGGCACAGAUAGCCGCGUGCGCCCGCACCACUCAGCGGAAACCACUAGCCAUGAAGCAGUCGGGAGUCUGGGCGGUAGUGGUGGCGGCGGCGGUACUGGCCGUCCCGGCGGCAGCCAACAAUUUCCUGGCCGUCGACUACCUCGGCGAUGGCGAGCGGGAGACGAGGAUCCACUUCGACCGAGUGCACGCCAAGGAAACGGCCAUGGAAACCGUCGACGGCAACGUUACCCGCGGCCUGCACCUGUGGCAGGUGACCGAUGGACGGCACUUCAUCCAGUCCAUCUUCACGGCCCAGGGCGAGCUCAAGGACUGCGAGUACAUCCGCAGGAAGGACGUCAUCGGCUCCUUCCUCGAGUCGUUCGACAGUGACGUGGAGCGGGCGCGCCUGCUGGCCGCCGACCAGGAAUCCGACGACCAGGACGAGCAGCUGGACGCGCAGAACCGCAUGACGAACGCGACGUUCACGCUGCUGGAGUCUGUGCCCGAGGAGCUGGCCGGCUACCUCGACUACAAGCAGAUGAGGCGCAUCUGCAAGGAGCAGCACAAGAUGAUCCGCAAGGUGGCCCACAAGAAGCACCACGGCAACGCGAAGGAGAAGGCGGACGCUGAAGCCUAUAUCACCAGGCACCGGCGCGAUCUGCUGGAUGUGUUCCGCGUGCCCGGCACCAAGUGGUGCGGCAAGGGCUACACGGCCACCACGUACAGCACGCUGGGCGGCUACGCCGGCGCCGACCGCUGCUGCCGGCACCACGACAAAAAGUGUCCCUACUGGAUCGGAUCGCUCGAGGAGAAGUAUGGCCUCUUCAACUGGGGCAUCUCCACGCUCAACCACUGCGCGUGCGACGAAAGGUUCCACACAUGCCUGAAGAUGACUGGCUCCGGUGCGGCCAACAUGGUCGGCAAGAUCUUCUUCAACAUCGUGCGCACCAAGUGUUUCGUGCUGAAGAAGCGGACCGAGUGCGUCAAGAGUAGCUGGUGGGGCAACGAGUGCGAGGAGAAGCGGAUCGUCAAGCGGGCGGCGCUGAAGGAGGCGCUGCCGUACUGAGCGCGGCGCGCUGGAGGACUGGAGGACGGGGAGGAUGUCUCCACGGAGGACCGGCGGUCACUAGUCAGACCGCUGACCGCCGGCGGCACCGACAACCCGGCCCGGGGACGACUGAACGAUCCGGCACGGUGGCUGCCCAAGACGCCCGCCAGGCUCCCUCCCCCAUUAGCGGCCCGGUAACAUGUACCAUCUGACAACAAAUGUCCGUGUCCAUUUGUUGAAAUGUCGAUUCAAGUCUGUAAUAGCGCAGGCCGAAGCCAUGACAUGCAAUACUGUGAUACUCACGGCGCGGCUGCUGCCCGUUUUCUGAGGCACGCCAUGCUGCAUGACACUCGUGUAAACCCCCUAGAUGACAUUUUGUGUAGACCAGUGUACAGUGACCUAUCGCUCGAUAUGCGGCCCGCGACAAAUGCUCAGGAGUGUGUGUAGGUCUUCCGGAUGGCCCGGAACCGCGGGAGAUGGUGUGUAGAUUGAUUGCUAAUGUCAGCCUACUGUAUCACUUGUCAUACUCAUUACUAUGCUCAUCUAAACAUCAAAGGCGCUCGCGUUAUUUUCGUAGAAAAUAGGAAAUAUAAGCGAUACCAUUUA